AUGUAUUGGUGGAGGGCUUUGGAUUUUGCUGAUCUAAAGCGUAGUUCAAUAUCAUUUUUUGACAUUGAGAAACCAAAGACGGUUGUUGAAAGACUACAUUGGCUAGAGGCAAUCGACCCUCGACAUCGCUAUGGUCACAAUCUUCAAUUUUAUUAUGUCAAAUGGCUUCGCUGUGAUAGUUGUCAACCUUUCUUCUAUUGGCUUGAUGUUGGGGAAGGCAAGGAAGUACUUUGUGAGAGAUGUCCCAGGUUAAAACUUCAGCAGCAGUGCAUCAAAUAUCUGGGUUCAGUGGAAAGAAUGGAUUAUGGAGUAGUUAUUGAGAAUGGAAGGCUCUUGUACAAGAAAAGUGGAAAACCUAUUGACACAACAAGAAAUGCAAAGUGGAUUUUUGUUCUUAGUACAUCCAAAAAUCAUUACAUAGGGCAGAAGAACAAGGGUACAUUUCAACAUUCGAGUUUCCUAGUAGGGGGAGCCACAUUGUCUGCUAAUAGAUUAGUGGCAGAGGGUGGUGUUCUUUGA